GCGGCGGCCGGAGCUGCAGCCGCCGCCCGCCCGUCGCAGCGCCGGCGCUGCCGCGGUGCCCGGCAGGGAAGAUGGCGCCGUCCCACGUCCUCAAGUGCUGCCAGAAGGUGCUGGCCUGGGUGCCCGUGGCCUUCAUCGCCCUGGUCGUGGCCUGGUCCUACUACGCCUACGUGGUGGAGCUCUGUGUGUUUACUAUUUCUUCAACUGCUGAAAAAGUUGUCUACCUUGUAGUUUUUCAUCUGUCAUUUGUCAUGUUUGUAUGGUCCUAUGGGAAGACAAUUUUCACAGCUCCUGCAACCCCCUCUAAUGAGUUCUGCUUGUCAAAAGUUGAUAAAGAACAAUAUGAAAAAGAAGAGAGACCAGAAUCCCAGCAGGAGAUUUUAAGAAGAGCUGCCAAAGACUUGCCUAUCUAUACGACAACAGCAUCGAGAGCAAUCAGAUACUGUGAUCGAUGCCAGCUGAUCAAACCUGACCGCUGCCACCACUGUUCUGCCUGUGACGUAUGUGUAUUAAAAAUGGACCAUCACUGUCCAUGGGUGAAUAAUUGUGUGGGAUUUUCUAACUACAAAUUCUUCCUCCUGUUUUUAAUGUAUUCCUUACUGUACUGUUUGUUUGUUGCUGCUACAGUCUUGCAGUACUUCAUAAAGUUUUGGACAAAUGAAUUGCCAGAUACCCAUGCAAAAUUCCACGUACUAUUCCUUUUCUUUGUGGCAGCCAUGUUCUUCAUCAGCAUACUGUCACUCUUCAGCUACCACUGCUGGCUAGUUGGCAAAAACAGAUCAACUAUAGAAACAUUCCGUGCACCCACAUUUCGAAACGGUCCUGAUAAAAAUGGCUUUUCUCUUGGAUGCAGCAAAAAUCUAAGGGAGGUUUUUGGAGAUGAAAAGAAGUAUUGGUUACUUCCUAUCUUUACCAGUUUGGGAGAUGGAUGUAAUUUCCCAACUCGUUUGGUGAUUAUGGAUCCAGAACAGCUUGCAGUCUCAAGCCAAAAUGAACCUGCCAAAAGCUCUGUAACCGCUCGACCACUCAGUGAAUCACAAAAUCGGUUGCUAUCCGGUGAUUGUCAGUGGGUGGAAACGGGCCCUGAAGAGGAAAAUGUGAAAUCAGGUGCAAAAAAGCAUAUUAUAGUUUCUUUGGAAAGUUGAUCUCAGCUAAUUACUAACCAACCAUCUCAAUGAGAAACAGGUUUCUGCAACACAUUUUGAGCUUGAAUAUUACUUAAUUUUGUUUGGAAGAAGUUGAGCAGGAUAAUAUGGAACAUGAACAUUUUAGGAAGAGACAAGAAAUUCAAGUUUCUGCACAGUACAAUGGAUUCUUGUAAGCACUAUUGCAGAGCAGGGAAGUUAAGACAGAUGCCUUAAGAUUCUUAAUGUGCAUUUAUGCAACACUGAAUUAUAUACUGCUACCAAAGGGCCAGAUCCAGAAGUGCCCUGCUUGGAUGCACAAGGUCCAGAGUGGGAACUAUGCAUUUCUUUAAUGCUGCAGUGGUGGGGGUAGAUUGCAGAGACUCUUACCUCCUCACGGGCAAACUUCAUACCUUAGGCACUGCAGAAGUCACUUCCAUAGCAGGUCUCCAGAGUACAGAAGGAAAGAAAAAAGGAAAAGGAAGAAAAAAAAGAGUCAGCCUAGAGUAUGCUCAGCAAGUCUGAAGUGGGAGUAUACAUAGUUCAUAUGCCAGGUGAUGGGAAAGGGACUGGAUGAUGUCUUCUCCUCUCUUCCUAUUAACCAGUCUAUCCCAUGAUCACAGCUCUCCCAAGUCUUUCGGGACUGAGGUUUCCUUCUACUAGCUGUGCUUUGGAGCUAGGCAAUGCCAAGAACAUAAAAGCCUUUAACUUGGGUGUUGCUUUUUUGCUAUUGGAUUGAGUUUCACUGAGCUUCCUCAUCAUUUUAACUUGAUUUAUUUAACCAUACCAAGGACAGAGCUCAAAGAAGAAAACUUGGGUUUUAGUUGAAAAAGAGAUGGAUUAUUACUUUCCAACAAUUGUCAGUAAGCAUACAAGGAAAAGACGGUCCAAAAAGGAAUUAACAGUUCUUACAUUUUCUGUUACUGUUUGCUGUGUUCUGUGUAAGGCAGCAACAAAAUGGUAAAGUACCCCUGAGAAAAAUCAUAUUGCAGUUGUGUGUUUCUAGAAAACAGAACCAGCAGAGUUCUGCUUUUUCCAUGGAACUCUUGAUGGUUUAUGAAUACUGUUUUAUACUUGUGUUUUAUCUUUUUAAUAAAGGCACAAGGUUUUAUUGGUUCUAAAGUACAAAUAUCAGGUACUUAUGAGAAGAUUAGUGUUAGAUCAUAGAUCUGUGUUAGCACACUGAAAAAUUGCAUCCUUUAGUCUCCCACUUUCAAGUCCAGUUUAAGUGAUGCUGAAAUUGCUAAAGACUGAUGGCUUUGUGCAGCAAUGUACCUGCUUACAAAAGACGAAAUGUGUUUCCUGUGUGAGGAAUCAAGUCCAUCCCAUUCUUAGCUCAAGACCUACAGCAACCAACAUGGGUUUUUUUUUUCCCUCACUUCUCUGCAGAGAAGACUGCUAACUCAUCCUUGGGUGGUAUUGGAAUUUUGCACCCGGAAAAAGUGACAAAUACUAUCUUUCUGUCUGUAAGAUUUCUGAUGUUCAGCUGCUGCUGAUUACAAAUAGACAUGAGUGCUUUUGAUACAGACUGAAGGUAGUAGUCAAAUUGAUGACCUAGUCCAAAAGAACCUGUUUGGUUUGUCUCCCAGACUGAUUGCUACUUGAGUUAAAUACGUUUUUGAUGGAAAUACUAAGGUAUCAAGUACACUGUAAGGUUUAAAAUAAGUAUUUUUUGUCUUUGGAUAUAAUAAAUUUUUCUUAAAUGUUAAUCUUCUGGAACAAGUACCCUUUGAGAACUUAUGAUUUCACUGUUGGAUAUUCUUGAGACAGAAACAAUGGUCCAAACUUGCAUGUUUUAUAAAAGUUGCAGAAUGGUUCUUCAAACUUUGUACAAGAAAUUUUGCAUUUGCUAAUUCCAAAACUUACAAAGGCAUUUGCUACACAUUGAUCUGAAAGGUUUAGCUUUUUCUUCUCAAUUGUUAAGUGAGAGGUGCCCACCUUAACAUAAGCUCUCAGCAGUAUUGCACCAGCAAAAUUUCUUGGGGAAGAUAACAGAGAAGGAAGACUGCAUGUUCAAAUGGCUUGUUCUGAAUACCAAAAUUUGCAGCCCCAAACAGUGGUGGAACUGUCAUGGAGGGCCUGGGAUAUCAUCUGGCUUUUACUGCAUCCAUGUAUUACAGCUGAAAUAACACGUCCAUGCACAGACAUCAUCUAGCAGAAGUAUAAGCAAAAUGUAUGUCAGAAUCCUAAGUAUCACUGAACUCAGCAAUAUGGUCUUUGCUCCCCCCACCUGCUCCCCAAAGCGCUUCAUAUGCCCCCCCCCCCCCCCCAUGAUGUAUCUAUCCUGUAGGCCAGCAUCAGGAGAACUUGUUUGAUUUCUUUAGUCAAUAUAGUGAAUCUACAGGAAAAACUGCAAGUAAACAGACUGUGCUAUCUCCAUGCGCACUAACAAGUGCUGCUCUUCUGAAACCACUUCUUUGUAUAUCUGAUGGACAUCUUUGUGGCUUUUCAUGAAGAACUGACAUUUAUGACAUGUUUAUGCAGAUCACAGGAUUAUUUCUCCUAGAUUUUUCUUCAUGUUUCAGGUGAGAAAAGGAGAGCACUGGUUUUAGGAUAAUCCUGAGGCCAGAGUUAGCAAUGGGUUUAGGAUAAUCCUAAACCUACAUUGAUAACUCUGAGGCCAGAGUUACUGUUGAUGUAAAAGCAGGCAUUACUGAAAGUCACUUUGACAAAUAUGAAACAUAGCAAAAUGAUUGAAAGAUGAUUCUCCCACAUUAACCAACCCCAACCUCUUUUGGUUUUUUUCCCCUGGGGAACUAGGGACUGACUGAUUUAAAGGAAUUAAAUUCUCUAAGGGAAUUGUACUGCUGAACUCUAAGGGCAUGCCAGUGAGCAGGAUGGAGGCGUUUGGUUUCCCUGGCAGGCCUGGGCUUUGGGGGAGGUAUCAUGGCUAAGGCAGCCAGGAUGACAGCCUCUGCCUUUGGAUUCUGUCCUGAGUGCUCCCUAGGCUGUGCUGUGCCAGGAAGUCCAUGAGGGAGCAGGAUGGCUCUUUGGCUGUUGGGCUGCAAGCAGCCAUACAUGUCCCUGCUAGCAGAGGCAGGGGCUGUAGGAAGGGGGUACUUCUGGCCCAUGGUCAGAUCAGAAGAGGGAUGGAUCCUGAGAAAACAACUCUUUAGGGUGUUGGGUUGUAUUGUAAAUGUUGGUUUUGUGGUUUAGCCUACUCUGUAUCAGGGAGUCUUGAAAAUACCUAGGUCGUCAUUAAAAAUAAGCAGCCCUUGAGCUUUUAGAUCCAUUAAAGUAAAGACUACUACAAGCAAUAUGUAGUAGUUAUUGCAGAAUAGUUGGUACUGGCUGCAAUUAGAAGCUGCAUUCUUGUUUGUUUCUGCUUUUCUCUUAAAAAAAAAAAAAUCAACAUACACACAAAAAAAAUUUUAAAUGGCUUUAAAUUCCCAGUGUCAGAACAGAAGCCUGAUGUAGGGGAGGAUUUCAUUUUUCUGAAAUGUCUUGAAACAAACCUGUCCCUGUGAAUAUGAGGCAGGAAAAUCCACAAAUAGAAAUUACUUAAAACUACACAAUGCUGUUUUUUUUUUCCUUACUGUUAUUUACUCACAGAGUGUACAACACACACAUCAUUGCUGUGCCUACCAAAGGCAUAUUAUGGGAGGAGGGCAGGAAGAAGAGUAGCUUUCUGUCAUUAAUUGAAUUCCUACAGUAUUAUUUUAAGACUGUAUUGAUAAAAGUCAGAUGUGAUUAAAAACCUCCAUUUUAAAUAAUCUGAGGGUUACUUUAGAGGAAGUUUGGACACUUCUAUUUUAGUGAUUUGAGUAGAAAUCACGGUAAUAUUUUUGUUAAAGCUGCCUCUUGAGUGUGAAAUUUGCAAGUACCAAGCUGCUUUUGGUACGCUGUUCUUACAAACUGGUCCUGUUCUCCAGAGUGCUGAAUACUCACAGUUUUCAGGUACUGUUUCUUUCCUUUGGUCUUGUGUGGUUCUUCUUUAUUAAUUAUAAAUUAUCUUCUGGGUUGGGACGAAUUUCAAUACCACUGAGUAUGCACACAAAGACUUCAUGAUCUAACUGGAGUAUGGUCCAGCUGCAGCUAAGCAGAGCUCCAAGAGGAGGAAAACUGCAGCGUUUGCAGCAGUAUUAAUGUCUGGCAGAUUUACCAAGAUGCGCUGGCUCCAACACAGGUUGACCAAAUCUGCCUGGAUCUGGAGCACCAACUGACCAGAUUUUUAUUUAAAAGUUAAAUAACAACAAAACCAUGACAGCUUUGAGUUUCAUAGUGUAUGUUCUCCAAGGACACCCUCUAAAAUUGUGUCUGUCUGGGGGAUUUAGGUGUGCAUUUAGAGAGGCUCCAAAGAGCAGUUACUUUUAGCUCACAAACACGUCUUUUCCCAGUACCUAAAAAACAGCAAUGUGUGCAGCUUCAGAGGCUCUUCUAUCCCUAAAUGGCACCAAAGAGAGCAGCUGCACAUGAAGUAAUUUAGUACUGAACAUAUUUGUUACAGUCAUUUCUAUCAAUUUAUUUUGUAUAUAGAGCUUUUUAUACACAUUUUUCUUAAUUAUGUAACUGUCGUGAAAUGUCAUGAAGUAGUUUGUUUUAAUGCAGAUUAAAACUGGUGUUUGGCCAUUUGUUUUCUGAAGCCAUUACUUGAAUUUGUUUCCAUUAGGUAGUGAAGUCUGAUCAUGUUUACAGGAUCACUUUCUUUGGUUUUGGGAGCUUUCCCCAUCAUUCUUCCUACCCCCUGUCCUAAGAAACAGAGAGCUUAUGCUCAGCAGUCAAGCAGAUGUAUCAGAGAUGAAGAAUUUGUAUUACUUUGUCACCAAAGCAUUGGGAGUGACAUGCUGAUUCCCUUCCGUUUACACUGCUUAGCUGACAACUUAAAGAUGCUUAGCAUGGUCCUCUGUUGAUUCCUCCUGUCCCUUAUCCUGUUAUCAGCUUUAUUGUGGGAAACUUAAUCUUCCUGAAUGAUGAUUUACAAUCAUGAAACUAUCCCAGAGAGAGGCAGCAUUCCUGCUGUUAAGUCUGUUCCGUUUCUAACUUAGAUCAAUGAAACAUCCCUGGGUUAUCUCUGCAGUUCCUUUUGUAUUUGCUGGCAAGGGUCAUCAACAUUUGCACUAAUCACAAUGUCCCAGCUGUUCUACUUCCACAAAGUUUUUUUAAUUGUGCUGCCUAAACUUGGAAUGAGCUGUAUUUAAGUUUGGGACGAUGUGUAAAAGAUACCUGUAAUAAUGAUGCACUUACUGUAUUUUUUUGUAUGUUACAGAUAGGACUCAUCCUAUGCACAGAGAAAACGUUGCCAUUUAUAGUUUAAUACUUGAAGUAACUUUUUGAAACGGGCUUUUAUAAAUGAAUUAAAUACAAAAUCACAUUGCUUUGCCUGGAAGUUCCUUCAUGUUAUAAUUGUAUUUGCAAUUUCCCCGUAUGUAUACUUUUCCAUAAAGUUCUCUUUAAGCCAUUUAUAACCAAUGGAAGUGCAUUCAAGGUUUUGUACAUCAGUGUUCAGACCUGUUCAUACUUCUCUGAAGUAUAAUUCAUGUUUAAUAAAAAAGUAUCAUUUUAAGCCUCUUUUCCAAAGUGAUAUGAAUGGACUUGGCACUUGAAUUCAUCAGUGAAUGCAACAUCAACUUAAUAAAAGAAUGUGAAAGAAUCUGAAAA